GUUGUGGGCUGCGGUUCUACUAAUUUACAUCGUUUUUCAUUAUCACGAUACCGCGAGUCAUCGAAUUUUUUGUCAUAUUUUUAAUGUAAAAUUAAAAGAGAACUGAAGAAAUUAUUCUAAAAGCUUAAAUUUUUUUAAUAAUUGACUGAAAAAAAAUUAAAUUAAAAAUAUCGUGAAAAUUAGGAAAUGUUAUAAAAAUUUAUUAGUGAUAAAUUACGUUUUAUCAUAAAAUACAAACAAAAAUAUAAUCAUAGUACAAGUUUAGUGUUCUUCAAGUUCCAUAGGAGUCAUCAGCUUAUUUAAAAUGGAUAUCAUCAUGCCAUGUUCAAAAAGACUCUCAAAUGAAAUUGCUGCUGUCAACACUAUUGAGAUGUGUUCUAAUCCGAUUCCAGCUGUUCAAUUUUCGAAAUGUGAAAUUCAGAAUUUCUUGUCUGCACGAGUAAAGACGAAUCAAGAAAUAUAUGAAAAUUCAAUGUUGGAAGACGAUCCAAACGCAAACACACAGCUUAAAAAGGAAGAACCACGUUGGGGUCCAAAGCAUAAAGGAGCUCAAACACUCGCCAAUUUUUAUAGUUCUGGAAAACGAACUCAAGAGAUCAUUUGCGUUUAUACUUGCAUCGCUCUCAUGAUAAUCAACUUUUAUCUAAUAAUCAAACACUUUCGAUUCGAUCGGCUAAGUGCGGUAAUUUUCUCCGCUGUGUGUGGUAUUCUUACGGCUGAUUUUGGAUCUGGAUUUGUUCAUUGGGCUGCUGAUACUUGGGGAUCCAUUGAGUUACCAAUUGUUGGAAAGAACUUUUUACGACCUUUUCGAGAACAUCACAUUGAUCCUACAUCGAUCAUUCGACAUGACUGGAUUGAAACGAAUGGUGACAAUUUUAUGGUUGCAUUGCCAAUUCUUGGAAAAUUGACUUGGAUUCUCUUCACUUCAUCACGAUCGGAGAUUCAAAUGGAAUAUCCUUUCUGCGCUUAUCUAUUUCUAUGUUCAAUUUUUGUUGCUGUUACAAAUCAAAUACACAAAUGGUCUCACACCUAUUUUGAUUUGCCAGUUUGGGUACAAGUUUUACAAAACUAUCAUAUCAUUCUACCCCGCAAACAUCAUCGUAUUCAUCAUGUUUCACCUCAUGAAACUUACUUCUGUAUAACAACUGGUUGGCUUAAUUGGCCUCUUGAAAAGAUUAAAUUUUGGUCAACAUUGGAGUCAAUCAUCGAAUAUGUAACAGGUUGUAAGCCUCGAGAAGACGAUCUUAAGUGGGCACAAAAGACUUCGUAAUCAUUCAUCACAAAAUAGUUAAACACAAAGAUUUUACAGCAAUCGAAAAAAUAUCUAAUUUUUCUUUUUUAAGGCAAUUAAAUUCUUUGUAUAUAUAUGAGCUUUAAACAUUUUUUAAGGCUGUGCAUCGUUGAUGAAAAGAAAUUAUAAGAAACAAUGAAUAAAGUUCACGCAAUUUUGAAAAUUUUAUGUGGCUAUAAAUGUUUAAGUUUCAAAUA